GAAAAUAAUCGACGUGUCGAAUAAAUUUUUUUUUUCACUCAAAAUUUUUUUCAAUUUUUUUUCCAAUAUUUUUUAUUCUUUAAAGAAUUUUUCGAAAACAAACAAAUAUGUCAACAGCCAAAGAAUUAGUUGAUAAUAUUAAUCAAACUGUUGUUGAAUUGAUUGUUAAUCAAACUACAACUGGCGAUGAUAAUAAUGGUACAAUUUCAAGUCGACCUAAUAAAGGUACACCAGAAGGUAUGGCAAUGGCUUAUGGUUCGUUGGUCAUAAUGGCUUUGAUACCAAUAUUUUAUGGUUCAUUUAAAUCGGUUGGUUAUCAUCGUGAACAAAGGGAAUCGGGCGAACAAGUUGAAGCAAUGUCACGAAGAGAAGCCGCUCUAUUCCCGCUAUAUGCAAGUGGUGCUUUAUUUGGUCUUUAUUUGUUUUUCAAGUAUUUUUCCAAAGAACACAUCAAUCUUUUAUUAUCCAUUUAUUUUCUUAUUCUUGGUGUUUGUUCAUUGGCAUCAGUUGUCAGUGAUUUUUUGGAUAAUUUCUUACGAUCAAGAAAUAUAACAUUUUUCCGGCUGAAUAAAUAUCAUCUAUUGUUGACACAAAAUUCAGUCGAUAUGUUGAAUAUGGAAUUUGAUUCGAAAGAUAUUUUUGCUUUAAUCGCUUGUUCGGGUGUUGGUAUUUGGUAUAUUAUGAAAAAGCACUGGAUCGCAAACAAUUUAUUUGGUUUUUCAUUUGCAAUCAAAGCAAUUGAAUUUAUCAACCUAAAUAAUGUUGUUACUGGUUGCAUUCUUCUAUGUGGUCUAUUUGUAUAUGAUAUUUUUUGGGUAUUCGGUACUGAUGUUAUGGUUACUGUUGCCAAAUCAUUUGAUGCACCAAUUAAAUUAAUAUUUCCACAAGAUUUUUUGGAAAAUGGUUUUAAUGGUACACAAUUUGCAAUGCUUGGUUUAGGUGAUAUUGUUAUACCUGGAAUAUUCAUUGCAUUAUUAUUACGUUUUGAUGUUUCAUUAAAUCGUGGCCGUCAUGUUUAUUUCUAUACAAGUUUUAUUGCAUAUAUUUUCGGUUUAUUCCUGACAAUGGUUGUUAUGGUUUAUUGGAAACAUGCACAACCAGCAUUACUUUAUCUUGUACCAUGUUGUAUUAUUUUUCCAUUAAUAUCGGCAUUAUUACAAGGAGAUUUUUUCCGUUUAAUUCGGUAUAGCGAAGAUUCAUUGAAAGAAACACAGGAAAACGAAUCAGACGAAUCAACUGAACCUUCAACAACAUCCAAAAAAGAAAAUUAAUUUUUUCCUCCUCUCUUCUCUUCUCUUCUUCCCCUCAACUCUGUUUCUUUCAAUUGAAUAAGAAUAAUUAAAAGAAAGGAAAAAAACUUUAUCGA